AUGGAAGCAAACUUAAUGAGCAGCUGCAGCCUGCAGCUGAGACAACCAUUCGGUGAUGCACAGAACCGUGCAAAUAUGGCUCACCCAAGCCUACAGCGUUCGCGUCCUGUUACGUUAUCUCCAUCCCUAGAGAAGCUCAAUUAUGCCGGUAUAGACUUCAAAGAACAUGAGACCACGGAACUAACGUUCACGCCGGUGGAAAAUAAACGGAUAUCAGCAGUCAUUGAAGCCCAGCCGAGCUCAAACCGUAACUCGACGAUCUCAACAGCCUCGACAGCAUCCACAAAGUCUCGACGCAAGACUCAUAUUGGGCCAUGGCAGCUAGGAAGGACUCUUGGCAAGGGAUCGACAGGGCGGGUGCGGCUUGCAAAGCACGCUGUAACUGGCCAAUCUGCAGCCAUCAAGAUCGUAUCAAAGCGUUUUGCAGCUAUGGUACAAAGCCAAAGCAUCAUGGCCAUGGAUAAGAUAACGAAGAUUCCUGGAAUCUCCAAUGAGCCUAGAGCAAUACCUUGUGGGAUUGAGAGGGAAGUUGUUAUUAUGAAACUCAUUCAGCAUCCAAACGUGAUCGGUCUCUUUGAUGUAUGGGAAAAUAGGGGUGAACUAUACCUCGUUCUCGAGUAUGUUGAAGGAGGGGAAUUAUUCGAAUACAUCUCUGAACAUGGACCACUACCUGAAAUUGAGGCUGUCCGGCUAUUUAGACAAAUUAUUUCAGCUGUCUCUUACUGCCAUAGGUUCAACAUCUGUCACCGAGAUCUCAAGCCUGAAAACAUUCUGCUUGACGGCUUCCUUAACGUUAAGUUAGCCGACUUUGGAAUGGCAGCCCUACAGCCCGAAGGCCAUCUGCUAAACACAUCAUGCGGUAGCCCUCACUACGCCUCACCUGAAAUAAUCCACGGCAAACCAUAUCGUGGUGAUAAAGCUGACAUUUGGAGCUGCGGGAUUAUUCUUUAUGCUCUCUUAUGUGGGUUUCUACCAUUUGACGGAGGUGACCUGCGAAACACGCUUAAGCUUGUUAAGAGAGGAGAGUACAUACUCCCCCCUUGGCUGAGCGAUGAAGCGAUAGACUUGGUUCAAUGCAUCCUUCAGAAGGAGCCAGGGGAUAGGAUAACUAUUACGGAUAUGUGGGAACACCCACUCUUGAAAAAAUAUGAGAAUAAUCCUCUCCUAAAAAAUGAGUUGGCUAUUGGCCCUGCUCCGCCUUUCCCUUUGAAGAUGUACGGGAAAGUUGCCAGUGGGCGCCAAGACAUCGAUAUGGAAAUACUACGAGGCCUGCAGACCCUUUGGCAUGCAGUAGAUUCAGAAGAGUUGAUUAGAAAAUUGCUUAACAACGAGAGUAACCACGAGAAAGUGUUCUACCAGAUUUUACAAAACUUCAGAGCUGCGCAACUGGAAGCCUCGGGGGAGCUGCCACUCAAACACUCUAGCAGUGAUUACCAUCAUGCCCCAGCCGCCCAUGCAACGGGCAUAUUUACUCCACAUCAGUCAUGGAAGGGUUCUAGAUUUUCCCUUGCCGGGGGAAGAUCUUCUGUAAAGAAUUUCCCCCACCGAGAGCCAUCUUCUCUGGACACUAUCUCGACAUACGACCCAUACCGAUCCUCGCAAACACCAACUCCAAACCCCCGAGCCGAAUAUGCUAAUGUCACAAUACAUCGGCGGCCAACUGGACUCACCAACUCUAUCCCCUCUCCGUCACCGAAUUCUGUACAGCAACCAUCGAAAAAUCGGGUGUUGACACCCGGUCCCCCCUCAUCAUAUAGUGUCAUGCAAGGUUUCGAAUCACAGAAAACCUCGUUAGGAUCUUUUCGGUCCUACAGUUCAAUAGAAAGCUCACGCUGCCGUACAACAAGCCCUAAGCAUAUUGGAUAUAGGCGGAAUGUCAGCUUUAGGCACCUGCAUAACUCUUCAAGCAACCAUACUCCGGCUAGGAACCGAACGUCUACUUCAAAAUCUCAAUAUUCGCUAUGCCCAAGUAGGCCAAUCGCUUCAGAAACAGCUAAGAAACUCCAGGAGCAAACGUCGGAUCCCAUUGAACAGACUUCUCUUCUUACGGCGCCUCUUACAGCACGUAAGCGUAGAGAUUCCACUCACCGGGAUGGUGUGGCAUUAUCCAAGGCUAGGUUGUCAUGGAGAGAAGAUACAAGAAAAGUAUCAGCAGAACUUGAAAAGCUAUGUGAAGAAGCCUUCAACCAAGUGUCCGACUCAUCAUCCAUGACAAAGGACUCAGGAAGCAAGGAACCAUCGGACACUUCUUCAACUUCAAUGUCGUCGAUAUCAAGCAAUGAAGGUCCAGAGCCAAAGGUAGAAGCUGUGAAUGACUUACUGCCCAACCAACCUCAGGAAUCGCCUCGCACAUAUGCGGCCCUAGAGCUGGCCGAGGCCCGACGUCGACUAAUAGAACACUCAGCGCAAGCCGGUGCGAACGGAUUACCAGACUACCUCAAAAAUGUUAUUGCUCAUCUGGACCGCCUCAUCGAUGACGAGACUACAAAUUCAGCCAAUAAGCCAAUAACCAAACAAACCCUUGUAGCCCGAGAGCCUACUGGGCGACUCCCAGUUAUUUCCGAAGAGAACCAUCUUGAAAUAGAACCUCAGGCAUUCCUUCCGCCGCAUGAAAUGACUAAACCAUUGGGUUUGGAUUUAGGAAACUGGGACACCAAGAAAUCUAUUCGAGUUGUGAAGAGCGACUCCGUGAAGAGCAACCUCGAUUUCGUGAAACCGCUGACCAUUCGAAAGCAGCAUAUAGCGGAGUUGCCUGCCUUGGACUGUGGGGUUAGCUCUUUCGGACUUUCGGGAUACCACUCUAAUGGCCGUAAUGAAGGUAAUGCUGUAUCUCCUAGAGGCGUUAUAGCCAGGCACGACUCAGGCCUGGAUUCGAUUGAGGAGGAUCCAAAAUCUGCUAGAAGUAGCGCAACCCGGAGCUCAAGAGAGACCAAGAAGUGGACGUGGUUGAAGUAUCGCCAAAAUAGCAAUACCUCGACUGAAGCAGAUGAGACUAAAGAUAAGGCAUUUACAGACAUCCUUGAUCGAAUGCAGGAUGAUCGAAAGAAAUCCACCUUGGGAAAUAUCGAACAGCACUUCAAGGAUCUGAGAGCAACAGCCGGAGGCAGUCGGCUUAGGAAUCUCUUCAAAAGAAAGAAAUCGGACGACCAUAUCCACAAACUUACAGAUGACGCUGACGAAACAGACAUUUCAAGCACCAUCAGUGACGUUGACAGCAAACCAAACGACAGCGGUAUCGAGCUAGAAGACGAUAGUACCGCUGCUACAACCCCUAUUCGCAGGAAUAGUGAUGACAUCCCUCUAACCACCGGGUAUACUAAUGCUUGGUUCUCCAAGAUCUUGCUCAUGAAGCUUGCCUCAAAGGUCCUUGCCCUCAACAUAUCCAAACCCCCGGCAAAGAAGGAAAUAAUCAAAAUCUUUAAAGAAUGGAAGAAAUAUGGCCUUGAGGGUCUCCACCUAGAUAACCAAAACGACAUUAUCUGCGGAUCUGUGGGGGAGCUGAACUUUCUUCGCCUUCGACCCGUUCAGUUUUCGGCCGAGUUCUUCUCCGUUCUUGAGCAUGGACGGCACGCAAACCUCAGUCUCGUUCGCCUCCGUCACGAUCAAGGUGCAUCAUCGUCAUUCUACAAAGUGGUGCAGACGCUUAGAAUGGUCCUCAAACAACGAAAUUACCUCGUUCAAGAUUCCCGUCGAGCCAAGAAAAUGAUCAAAGUCCUCUCUUAA